UAAUAAGUUAGUCUUGUUGUUUUUCUCUAUUAUGUACACAUUUAUGUCGUACGCAUUACAUUUACUCUAACAUUUCAUGUCAGGAUAAACAAAAAGUGAAAAGCUGUUUAUCACUCUCGCUUAGCGUGUUAGCUGCUAACCAAAGAGACGCGGAAGCAGAAAUUACGUUUGAGUGUAAAGUGUUGCGAUCGCGUGGAAAUGUGUCAAUUACAAAUGCUGAGAUUGUUGGUGAACCAGCGACUCUCUGUGGCUGUGGAAGAAAUAUUUGCAGUGUUAGAAAGAACGAUAGCAGACUACGAGGAGGAACUUUCUCGAACAAAACAGGAGAACGAGCGACAAGGUCAACUACUGGACACUGUUUUCAAGUCACACAGAUCAGACGCCAGCGAAGAACAUCUUCCCAUUGAGCAGCAGGAGUGGACCUCCAUGGUGGAGCAAGAGGAGCCAAAUCACCCUCACCUUAAGGAGGAAGAGGAGGAUCACAACAUCAGUGAUGGGCUGGAGGACUUCCAAGUGGUUGGUAUCCCUGUGAAAAAUGAAGAUGAUAAAGAAAAAUGUCAUUUUACCGAUAAAGAAGACUGUGAAGCAUCACAAGCAGACAAGCCUUUAGCUCCACUAUCAGAUAGUGAUGAGCCUUUACACUUUCCAGACACUAACGCUGAUUUGACAUGUCCCUCUAAUAGCACACACUGGAAAUGCUCUCAAUGUGGGAAAACGUUUGGUAACAAAGGAAAUCUAAAAACACACGUCAGAUAUCACACAGGAGAGAAACCUUUUGCCUGCUCGGUUUGCGGUAAAAGAUUCUUUCAGAAGUCACAUUUGAAAGCACACAUUAGAACACACACUGGAGAGAAACCGUAUACUUGCUCUGUGUGUUGUAAAAGUUUCUCUAAAAAAGAUGGUUUAACGAGACACGUAAGAAUACACACUGGAGAGAAACCAUUUUCUUGCUCAGUUUGUGGUAAAAGUUUCUCCCAGAAGAUAACUUUGAUUGGACAUGCAAGAACACACACCUGAGAAACAAUUGUGGUCAGCGGUUUAAAAAUAGUAUAAACUUAACAGAACACAGACUCCACACUGGAGAGAAACUAGUGAUUUUUUUCAAGAGACAUAUUUAGCUGGAAUUCAAAGAGGUAAAUACAGGCAACAAAGACCAUAUUACUCUUUAACAAACAGAAGUUGUGCAAAAGAUGACUUCUUACAUUGCUAACUGACACUAUGAUCAAAUGUUUGCAUUGUAUCCAAUGACCACAUUUCUUCUUUAAGAUGAGAUAAUCGCACAUUAUUACUCAGUAAGAAAAUUAUACACCAUUUAUUUCUUGCAUUGAGCAAAUUUAGCACAGUACCAAGUGAAAUUCCUUGUGUGUUUAACAUACUUGGACAAUAAAACUGAUUCGGAUAUUUGAUUAAUCUACAUGUGCAGCAUAAAAACUUGUCCUGGGUAACUUGGACUCAAUCCCAGCUGACUUUGGGUGAGAGGCAGUGUCAAAGGCAGAGUUAGGCGGUUGGCACUUGGACUCUAGCCCUAUAUGUUUUCGGAAGUUUUCUUGCUGCUCACUGCUCCCCUCACCUCCCAGGGGGUGAUCAAGGGUGAUGGGUCGAAUGCAGAGAAUAAUUUCGCCACACCUAAUGUGUGUGUGUGACAAUCAUGGGUACUUAUUGGGAACCUCUCCGCAUUAACGAGGAGUACCGAAGUCCAACACAAAGGCUUCAGCAGAACCUGUACAAAUCAACAUGAGAUCAAACAGGUGAUGAUUCAGGCCGAUGAAUUGUACGGUGUGUAUUACAUAUUAUAUACUGUAAUAUAAUAGGAUGAACCUAAAUACAACUUAAUUGGAAAAAAACG